UCACUUACCGCGAGGGGUUGCGCGUCCAGAAGGCGCAUGCGCGGCACUGGCCCCGCCCCUUGUUUGCCUCCUGUCUUGGCCUCGGCCAAUCACAGCGCUCCAACUCCGCGGCUGCGCGCGUGGGAAGGCAGGAGGGGCGAGGAGGAGCGUGCGGACUGCGCAUGCGCAAGGCGGGGAGCGGCGCUGGCUGGACUCCCAUUGGCCGCCCGUCGCGGCUUCGGCCAAUCACAGCGCUCCAGCCGUUGCCGGGCAACGCGAAGGGGACGCCACCGCUCCAGGCGCCGGGAGGGGCGGGGCCGGAGCGUCCGGGCUGCGCAUGUGCGGGGCGGGGAGCGGCGCUGGCCCCGCCCUCCAUCUCUGCUCAGUGUGCGCGCGCGAGCGCGGCGGAAGCCCGUGAGCCAGGAUGAAGGAGUGGUGGGUGCAGAUUCAACCGGUGCCCUUGGCAGCUCCGACAUCGUUGUCCUCCUGCAUGGCUUCCCAACCUCCAGCUACGACUGGUGCAAGAUCUGGGAAGGUCUGACCCAGCGUUUUCACCGGGUGAUUGCUCUGGAUUUCGUAGGAUUCGGUUUCAGCGACAAACCUAGGCCCCACCGCUACUCCAUCUUCGAGCAAGCCAGCAUUGUCGAGGGGCUGGUGCGUCACCUCGGCCUCCGCCGCCAGCGGAUUAAUCUCCUCUCCCACGAUUAUGGGGAUACGGUCGCACAGGAGCUGCUCCACAGGUAUGAGCACAAUAAAACUGGAAGCAUCUUGAUCAAUAGCCUCUGUUUAUCCAAUGGAGGGAUUUUCCCCGAGACGCACUACCCCCGCUUCAUCCAGAAGAUCCUCAAGGAUGGGGGGUUGCUGUCCCCCAUCAUCACGCGGCUGAUGAACUUCUUUUUCUUCUCCAGAGGGCUCAGGGCAGUCUUUGGGCCCUACACACAGCCUUCACAGGCAGAGUACUGGGACAUGUGGACGGCAGUGCGGACCAACGAUGGCAAUCUCGUUGUUGACAGUAUUUUGCAGUACAUAAACCAGAGAAAGAAGCACAGAGACCGCUGGGUUGGGGCUUUGAUGUCCACUUCUGUCCCAUUGCACCUCAUCUAUGGGCCCCUGGACCCUGUGAAUCCGCACCCAGAGUUUCUGCAGCUUUACAAGAAGGUGCUUCCCAUGUCCACGGUGUCUGUGCUGGAUGAUCACAUAAGCCACUAUCCACAGCUGGAGGAUCCAACGGGCUUCCUGAAUGCAUAUCUGAACUUCAUCAACUCCUUCUGAGCCGCUGCAGCUCAGUUCUCGCUCUCUGUUAAUGAAUCAGGCUUUGGGACCAGGAAGAAACCUUGAUUUUUAUCUCCAGAUCUAACAAUUUGGACUCAACACCCUGAUCUUUGGCUGCCAAACUGCUGCUUGAUGCAGUUAAAACCACUGAGCACUGUAAAAAGAGGAGCCUGCAGGGAGGCAUAGACAAAUCUGUCACUUUAAGUAGAGUUGCAGGACACUGACAGUUUAACCCAUCCUGUGCUCACCUUGCUUCCUGACUGGCCUCUGGCUGUGUUAUAGAACAGAAUCAUGCAAUGGUUUCGGUUGGAAAAGACCUUUAAGAUCAUCAAGUCCAACCAUCAAUCCAGCCCUGAGAAGCCUGCCACCAGCUCAUGUCCCCAAGUACGACACCUACUCUUCUUUUAAACACCUCCAGGGAUGGGGACUCAACCACCUCCCUGGGCAGCCUCUGCCAGCGCUUAACAACCCUUACAGUAAAGAAAUUCCUCCUAAUAUCCAACCUAAAUCUUCCCUGGUGCAUCUUGAGGCCAUUUCUCCUUGUCCUGUCACUGGCUACCAGGGAGAAGAGACCAACACCCACCUCACUACAACCUCUUCAGGGUGUUGUAGACAGUGACAAGGUCUCCCUUCAGCCUCCUUUUCUCCAGACUAAACAGUUCCUCAGCAGCUCCUCACAAGGCUUAUGCUCCUAACUCUUCACCAGCUUUGUUGCCCUUCUCUGGACACGCUCCAGCCCCUCAAUAUCCUUCUUCAAGUGAGGGGCCCAAAAGUGAACCCAGGAUUCGAGGUGUAGCCUCACUAAUACUGAGUCCAGGGGCACAAUCACUUCCCUGCUCCUGCUGGUCACGCUGUUUCUGAUACAAGCCAAGACACCAUUGGCCUUCUCGGCCACUUGGGCCACUGUUGGCUUAUGUUCAGCUGACUAACAAUCAACAUCCCCAGGUCUUUCUCCUCCAGGCAGCUCUCUAGCACUCCUCUCCAAUCCAAGUUUAGGGCCAGAAGGGCUCAAGGGAGAAGAGAAGUACCUGAGGGGAGAGAGAGCACGUGGGUCAGUCCAAGAGUCCUUACUGGCCUUUGCUGUCACAGAUGGGACCACUGGCAGCCAAGGGCCGAUGCGUGUAUUCCCAAGAUGGAUGUUGCUCUGGUUUUCAGGUUCCUGUGCAAGCAGACUCAUUUAAGCUGCCAGGCAUUACGAUGCUUGACCAGCUUGUCAGGUUUGAAGAAUUUAAAACCAAGUUUACCAAGACUAAAUACAGCAGGAGAGCUGGGUCUCUAAUGCCCAAAACGGGCAAUGAUGCUCUGCACCCACAAAGGGGCAUUUAAGGCACCAUAACUAUGUUUUCAUAGAAUCAUAAAAUCAUAGAAUAGUUUGGGUUCGAAGGGAUCUUAAAAGAUCAUCCAGUUCCAACCCCCUGCCAUGGGCAGGGACACCUCCCACUGGAUCAGGCUGCCCAAGGCCCCAUCCAACCUGGCCUUGAACACCUCCAGGGAUGGGGCAGCCACAACUUCCCUGGGCAACCUGUUCCAGGGCCUCCCCACCAUCAUGGGGAAGAAUUUCUUCCUAAUGUCUAAUCUAAAUCUUCCCCCUUCCAAUUUAAAGCCAUUCCCCCUCAUCCUGUCACUCCAGGCCCUUGUAAACAGUCCCUCCCCAGCUUUCCUGGAGCCCCUUCAGGUACUGGAAAAUCGCACUAAAGUCUCCCCAGAGCUUUUUCUUCUCCAGACUGAACAACCCCCAACCUCUCUCAGCCUAUCUUCGUAUGGGAGGUGCUCCAGCCCUCGCAUCAUCCUUGUAGACUCCUCUGGACCCAUUCCAACAGCUCCAUCUCCUUCUUACAUUGAGGAUUCCAGAACUGGACACAAUCCUUCAGAUAAGGUCUCACCAGAGAGGAAUAGAGGGGCAGAAUCCCCUCCCUCCCUGCUGGCCAUGCUGCUUUGGAUGCAGCCCAGGACAUGGGUGGUUUCUGGGCUGCGAGCGCACGUGGCCAGCUCACGUUGAGCUGCUCAUUCCCCAGCACCCCAAGUCCUUCUUAGGGCUGCUCUCAAUCACAUCAUCCCCCAGCUUGUAUUGAAACCACAGAUUGCCCCGACCCAGGUGUAGGAUUUUCAGUAAUCCCUAUUUCCUAGCCAGUUACCCAAAGGCAAGCUCUAAACUUCAUGUUUUUCCCACAGCUCUUGUUUCUCUGAUUUUCCGUUCAACAACUAGAGGUGAUGCUGUGCUCCUGGGACUGUGGCUUCGCCAAAGCUCGUGGCACAGCUCUGCCAGAUCAGGCUCAUACCCCGUUCACUUGAACAAGCAGAAUGUGCAAUACUGGCCCUAGCAAAGACCAAGGUGUUCCGAGCAGCAGCUAUUCCAGCCACAGUGAUCUGAGAUAGGUGUUUAAAUAAGCAUUAAAAUAGGAUUUCUUCUUUCCUCACCCCACCUGACAACUAAAGAAACACCUUUUGACAACUAAAGAAACACUGGUUCAUCAGCAGAGAAAAUCCAGGACUUCCCUCGCAAGGAAACCAUCGCAAGGUCCCUCUUUUCCCCUCUCUUCCCUGCUUUUGAUACAGGAUAUUUCACAUCUUUGAGCCCAGGAAAAGGCUGCACUGUAUUGUUUGACCUAAGGCUCAGAGAGUGGAAUAUACCUUGAUAGGCGAAGAUCAAUCUCUCUUUAGACUGAUUUUUCUGUGUGUAACAGAGGAAACAGUCAUCAAGAAACUGUAAAAUUAUAGGUUGCGUGUGGUUUUCAGCU